GCUCUCGGUGGUGGUUAGCAGCUAGCUUAACGGUUUGUUGAUAACUCCGUGAUUUGUCGACGCCAUAUUGAAUUCUACUUUGUUUAACCCGACUUCACCAUAACGAAUCCAUGGUUUAACCCCGUCGAAUGGAUAAUUGUGUGGAUGGACAGUUUCAAAGUGGACCCAGAGAAACCUGGUGUGAUGUGGUUCUCCGGGCGGGCAGCGAUCCUCCUGUGGCCGGUGACCUGCGAACACUGCACAGCCUGAGGGCUCUGGAGAAGACCUGCCCGGUGUCUCCAUACUUCGGCCGAGUCCAGACGGACAUCCAGCCAUACAUGCGGAGGAUACUGGCAGUGUGGAUGUUUCAGGUGUGCGAGGAGCAGAAGUGUGAGGAGGAGGUGUUUCCGCUGGCGGUGUAUUACCUGGACUGUUACCUGAGCCGCUUCCCCAUUGAGAAGUCCAACCUGCAGCUUUUAGGGUCCGUCUGCAUGUUCCUGGCCUCAAAAAUGAGAGAGACUGUCCCCCUGACUGCCAGCAAGCUUUGUAUCUACACAGACAACUCCAUCUCAGUCUCAGACAUCCUGCAAUGGGAGGUGGCAGUGGUGUCCAGGUUAGACUGGUGUCUGGCGUCUGUGGUGCCCUCUGACUUCCUGGAGCCAAUUCUUCACGCUCUCCCCUCUCUUCAGCCGCACCACUUUCCAAACAUGCGCAGGCAUGUUCACUCCUACAUUGCUCUGGCAGCCACCGACUGCAGGCUUUCAGUGUUCUUGCCCUCCACUGUUGCAUGUGCCUGUGUGAGCAUUGCCAUGCAGAGGCUACAGUUAGUGGACGCUGCCGUCUCCUCUGAUUUGGCGAUGACGUUCUUGGCCAACCUUUUGGUCAUUGAUCUGAGCUCUGUCCUCCUCUGCUAUGACCAGUUAGGGAGUGUGCUGGAGCUCAGCCUGCCCUCUCGUUUCCAGGCCAGUGUUUGCAGAUCAGGAGCGCACAGCUCGGAGAUCAGCUACACCCCUGCUGACUUUCAGGAUGCUGUAUUGACACAGGUGACAUCACAAGAAAUCAAGCUAAAACACUCCUCCAAGACAUGAAUGGUGAGAGCGAACUGUAAAUUUAAAGCCAUGAUAGAAAACAAGAAGCCUAAAUACCAGGCAAACUGAACCUAACUACCAUUUCUCCUUGUUCUUUGCAAGUUGAUUGUUGUUGAGAUCCCUCUGCGCUGUGUAGAGCUGUUGCAGUUUGAGAGUUGUUUUAAAUGUGCGUCCUGUUGCUUCUUGUUUUGAACGUCUUUUGAGAUUGCUACAGCAGCUUUGAAAGAUAAAAUAUGAUCCAAGAUACAUAAACUUUUCUGUGAUGCUGACACCGAAAUCGAACCCUACAGCAAUGUUUGCACAUUUUAAUGAAAUGUCUUCUAUGCAUUAGGGUCAUACAUGUAUUCACAUAUUUUUAGCAUUUAUCUGGAUUUAUUGAAGAUUAUUAUUACAUAAAAAUUCCUUGUGACUA